UAUCGGGAAUAUUAAGAAAAAGUUUAUUACUAUCGUGCUAAUGAUGUCGUUUUGGACAAGAACCUCAUAAACGACGGCGCGUAAUGUGCAACUGCAAACAAAAACCGACAGAGAAAAGAAACAACUGAAAAAAAAGGGAUGCUGAAACUGCUGGCGCUGAGGGGUAGUGGGUCUACUGUCACUGACAGAGGAUGAGUGAACAUCGUGUCCUUUGAACAACUUAAAAGUAACAAAAUUAAGCAAAACGCUUCACCCUGAUUGUAAACAUAUCCAUCUUUUUAUCCCCUUGUACUCACUUUUUUCAGGUUUGUUUUGCUUCUGGCUUUUCUGUUGAUGUUCAGACAUAAUUGUUUGUUUUAAUGGACAUGUUUCAACUUUGAAGUUCUUGCAAAAUGUGCAGAGGAAUGGGCUUAUAAUGGCUGUGGCAGAAGCAAGAACCGCUUGGCAAAGAGCAGCUAAUCGAUAUUUGGUUCAGGAGGAUGCCAAACGAGCUCCAAAGUUGGCGUGCUGCUCAUCAGCAUCACCCUCAUUGAAACAGGUUGAUACUGGGCCUGCAGAUGGUGCUGAUGCACAAAAUCCUCCUGGCACAUGUUUCCUGCCUUUCAACAGGAACUCUUCAUAUUGUGAUUUAUCCCCUAAUUCAAGAUGGUGGCUUCAUCUUCAACCUAAUUAUGGGUAUCAUAAGGGCUUAGUGAGUGAAGCGGUAGAUUCUAUGGAAGCAGAGAUGGAGAACACAGGACUAGCUUUAGAUUCAAUCCCGAAAAGUAGCGAGCUCUGUGAUCAGAGUGAAACAGCUGGUAGUUACGUGGAUGAAAUUAUUGUAGGUGGAUCUCUAGGUUCUCAGGUUGCAAGGUCUGCAAGCCUUGUAAACAAUGACUUGGGAAUAGGAUGCAAAGAACUAACAGAUGUGUUUACUGAAAUUUCCAAGGAUAGUUGUAACCUCGAGGACACAGUGAAUACUUAUGAAGCAAGUAAGAGGGGUAUGGUUGAUCUUACAGCCGGUAAACAAGUAGAUGAGCUUUCAUUUGAUACAGAGUAUCCUUGGAUUGGUGUUGAGAAAACGGAGCCAUGGUGGCGAACUGCAGAUAGAGAGGAACUAGCUUUAUUGGUUGCACAGAGAUCACAUGACUUUAUGGAGAAUUGUGAUCUUCCCCAGCCUCCGAAUAAUCUUGUUAAACGGGACCACAAUUUGGAUGUUGACAGUAAGAUUUAUGCUUCUUCUGUGGGUCCAAAAGCUGGAUGUAUGCAUCAACACAAUACGAAUAUUCAUAAACGUGGCAAUCUUUCCUUUGAACGUCCGUCUCAGUUAGAUGCUGAAGGGAACUUGCAGCGUCAUGCUUGCAAGGCGUCAAGUUUGAGGAACAGGGACACCCCUAGCCAAAAGCUUGUGCCUGAAACGAACACAUCUGGAGAUGAUGAAAGCAAGGCCCAACUACUAAAAGCACUUUGUCAUUCUCAAACGCGUGCAAGGGAAGCUGAGAACGCGGCGAAGCAAGCCUUUGCAGAGAAGGAGCACGUCAUUCAACUGGUAUUUAGACAAGCAUCACAACUUUUUGCCUACAAGCAAUGGUUCCAGCUACUGCAACUAGAGAACUUCUACUUUCAGAUUAAAAACAAGAAAAACCAGCCGAUAUCGGCCAUGUUACCAGCAAUGUUACCAUGGGUGCCCCAGAAAACAAAGAAAUUCCGGAAGAAGUCUGCUAGGGUGAAACGAGCCAAGCGAGCCCGUCCCAAGUAUGACUUGAGCCGAUAUGCAGUUGUUUUCGCACUAGGUUUGGGUCUUGUUGGUGCAGGAUUGCUUCUUGGGUGGACGGUGGGGUGGAUGUUACCGACGUUCUGAGCUGUGUAGAUUGUAUCCAAUUUUCCUGUUAAUACUAGAUUUGUGAAGAUUGGUUUACAGGGGAGUUGACUGUGUCUAUGGAUGUUAGUUGUAUGAUAGAUCAUUUCUCCAAUUACCUUUUAGUACUCGAUUGAAUCGAAACACUGAGCUUUCCCUCAGCUUGUACUUGAAGACAAGCAACAACAAGCAUGUAUGUAUGUAUGUAUCUUAGGCAAGUACUAUGUUUUUACUUCCCGAAAGUCGAUGGUUUCUACAGACUCUUCCCUUUUCAUGAUGAAGGAAUCCAUGGAAAUUACUAUUGUUGAGCCA